AAUCAAGUGGCUACAGUUCUUGAGAGCGUAGAUUCCAAAGGAAGUGAUAAUAAUGGCUGCAUUUUGCAGUUUGAAGAAUUUAUGUGAAUAUGAAACUUCUAAAGUUGUCCGUUUUCAGAGCGUUUCCUAUGGGAGUUUGAAAUGGACCUUCCAUAUGAUUGUCUUCCUGUAUGUUUGUUAUGUGCUUGUCACCGACAAACGGUAUCAGAAAAAGGACUCUGUGAUCAGCUCAGUUCACACUAAAGUGAAAGGAGUAGUUCAGACUGACUCAAGAAUCUGGGACACAGCCGAAUACACUAUUCCCAUGCAGGGAAUAGACUCUUUUUUUGUGAUAACCAACAUAAUCAUGACAGAAAACCAGUUUCAAAGUGUUUGUCCUGAGUACCCCAUUGCCAAAGCUGUUUGCUCUUCAGAUGUGAGCUGUAAAAAAGGACACAUGAACCCCCAGAGUAAUGGAAUUCAGACAGGAAGAUGUGUGAACUAUAAUGCAACAAUUAAAACCUGUGAAGUCUCUGCCUGGUGCCCUGUGGAAUCAAUGAAAGGUGCCCCAGUGCCUGCCAUUCUGAAGAGUGCUGAAAACUUCACAGUGCUAAUAAAGAACAAUAUCCACUUCCCAAAAUUUAAUCACACUGCAAGAAACUUUUUACCAAAAUUGAAUAUUUCAUGCACAUUCAACAAGAUAACUGCACCAGGCUGCCCAAUUUUCCAGCUGGGAGAUAUUCUCCAAGCAACAGGAGAAAAUUUUUCAGAGAUGGCAAUUCAGGGCGGAAUCAUGGGCAUUGAGAUCAACUGGGACUGUAACCUGGACAAAUGGUUCCACCGCUGCAGUCCACAAUACAGUUUUCGUCGCCUUGAUGACAAAACGACGACUGAAUACCCUGGAUACAACUUCAGAUUCGCAAAGUACUACAAACAGCCCAGUGGGAAGGAGGAGCGGACGCUGAUCAAAGCCUAUGGGAUACGAUUCGACAUCCUUGUCUUCGGCACAGCCGGACGGUUUAACAUCUUUGAGCUGCUGGUGUACACCGGGUCUGUGCUGUCCUACUUUGGCUUGGCUCAGUUCAUUAUUGAUUUUCUUAUUACUUCAUACACUUAUCCCUGCUGCAAAACAUCAAUCAAAGAAUAUUACUUCAGGAAGAAGUGCGAGUCUGCUCUGGGACCAAAAUGGACCCUGAUGUACGUGUCAUAUGUUGAUGACCCACACAUUAUUCUGGUAGACAAACCGUUGAGGACGAGUCUGCAGAACAUUAAAGGCGAGAUUGUUCAGUUGCAGAAAGACACUGGGGCUUUUACUGACACGACCAAGCUCACAGCACACUAUCCCAUUCGGGUCCCGGCCUUAGCAAAAGCCCAUGAGAUGCAACCCCUUAAAAGCGAAGGACAAACUUCUCCAUCCCAUGACCGCCCGGCUUGGUGCUGCUGUGGGAAAUGCUACCAAACAGAGUCUUUCCGGGAGCAGCUCUGCUGCCGAAGAAAAGAAGGGUCAUGCAUUACAACCUCGGCUUUGUUCGAGCAGCUCGUUCUUUCCAGAUCGGCACUGGAGUUUAUCCUGCUUUACAAAGAGCCCUUGUUGGACUUGAAUACUGAGACCCUCAAUAACCAGCUUCGUCACUGUGCUUACAGACAGUAUAUUCACUGGCGUUUUGGCUCUGCUGAGGUGGAGAGCUGUGCCCUGAUACCAAGUUGCUGCAGGUGGAAGAUCAGAGAAACUUAUCCCAGUGAGGAUGGCAAGUAUACUGGUUUAGAGAGGAAGAAUUAACCUUUAUUAAGCCUCUAUUAUAUAGCUCCAGAACCACAAUUAAGCUUAUUUCUCAGUUAAACCUCCUUAAUUUCUCUUUGGAGACAUUUUAAAAAGAAAAGCAUGCGAUUUCUCAGAAUCCACUGCUGUAUGACUAAAAGAAAAGGAGUACUUGUGGCAUAUCAAAGCUUACAGAGGGAGGUAUAAGCAGUCAGUGGAGAUGGUGUAAAUUAAAGCUGGACUUCCUAGCUGUAAACCUAGCACGAAGUGGGCUCCACAACAUUGACCACUCAAAGAAAAGGAGUACUUGUGGCCCCUUAGAGACUAACCAAUUUAUUUGAGCAUGAGCUUUCGUG